UUGUUCGGCGGUCAGCCCACGGGAUAGACAUGAAGCUGCUGUGGGCGCUCUUUCUGGCGGCGCUGGUCGCUGCCGAUGACUGCGACGAUGACGAUGACUGCGGGGGCGGCUUCGACUUCGGCGGGGACUUCAGCACGGUCGGAGGAGACUUCGACGUCGGCCUCGGCAGUUUCGGAGGCGGCGCCGACUUAGGUCUUGGCAUUAGCGGUGGCAGCUUGGGCGGAGGCGGCGCAAGUUUCAUUGGAGCUGGCGGCGGCGGAGGUGGGGGCGUAAGCUUCCUCGGAGGCGGCAGUGGAGGCGGCGGAGGUAUAGGCCUCAUCGGCGCUGGCGGCGGAGGCGGAGGCGGCGUCAGCUUCCUUGGAGGAGGAGGAGGUGGCGGAGGCGUUGGAGUCCUGGCUGCAGGCGGCGGCGGUGGCGGUGUUGCCUUCGGCAGCAGCGUGGGAAUCGGAGGAGGCGGAGUCAGUCUCGCAGGCCCUGCUGUAGCACCCGCGCCUGCCAUCAUCGGGUCAUCUGUUGUUCGUGGAGGAAGCUUCGGCGGAUCAAGUAUUGGCCUCGGAACUAGCUUGAUCGGUGGUGGAACCAGCCUGAUCGGUGGUGGAAGCAGCCUGUUUGGCGGCGGAAGGCGGCUGUUUGGCGGCGGAAGGCGGCUCUUCGGAGGCAGCAGAGGAUUCUUGAGCGGAGGUAGAGGAUUCUUGAGCGGAAGCAGAGGAUUCCUUGGCGGAAGCAGAGCAUUCCUGGGCGGAAGCAGGGGACUUAUUGGCGGAGGUCAGCGUUUCUUCAGCGGCGCCUGUGCCUUCGGCUCUGGCCUUCUCAGUAUCCACGGCGGCAGCAACUGCUUCAACCCGUACCUGCUGCCGUACUCCUUCGGCCUCCUCGGAGGCGGCAGCCUUCUGGGCGGCGGCUCUGCUGGAUUCCGGCGCCCGUCUCGCGGUGGUCUUUCCUACUAUAGCGUGCCUCAGACUCGCUACAUCUACGUCUCUGUGCCAGACCAGAGCUACUUCUACAAGGGCUACCUGCGCGGCUACUCGGACGCCUACUCCAAGGGCUUCGCGCGGUACUACACCGCGGGCGUUCAGGAUGGCAUCACCAUCGCCAGAAGGCUUUCAGGAGGCAGGUUCCGCUCUUCAGGUCGCUCCUUCCGUGGCAUCGGAGGCGCCUCCCGAGGUAUCGGCAGUUCUUUCGGAACAUCCAGGGGUAGCCUGGGAACCAGCCUUGGCUACACUGGCUACGGCCAGGGCUACGGCUACGCCAGGCCUUACUACAGCCGGGUUGGCUCCGGUCUAAGCUCCGGCUCCACUGGGGGCUACUACGGAAGCUCGAACAGUGGAUACUACGGCACUGGAUACUACGGCGCUAGCUCCAACACGGUCAACAGCUAUGCCUCCAGCACGGGCCAAAGGCGGGCUGGACCUCAGAUGCCAUCGUACGCUGCUCAGACCCAGUACGGAAAGUGAUGCACCCUGUCAUGACUAGCUGAAUAUUCGCCGUUGAUUCUCGCCCCAUCAUCGAUGUGAUCAAUUCUACCCUGUAGGUAUUAUUAGGAGUUAUAUUAUGUGUGUUUCUGUUGUAUGCUUGGAAUGUGUGUCGUUGUAGAAGUGUGGCGUCCUACCCUGUCUAUGACAGAAGUUGAUGUUUCUUGUUGUCUCGUCCAGUCCUGUCUCGUAAAUAAUUUGUUGUCCUUUGUCUUAUGUCGAUGAAUGCGACCGAUACAGUGGUAGCAAUGAACUUCCCGGUAAAUGGCUUUAAGGGCUGUAUUUGAAAUACAUCAGCAAUUGAG